UCCAUUCGCGACCUUUCCCUUUUUCUUCCAAAAACUCUUCUCGAAUUUUGGCUUGCGCUGGAAUUUCAAACAUUCCUACUGUAUUCGUCGAAUCAACAAAAUAUAAAGGUGAGAACCGAAACGGCAACAUAUUGUAACAAUAAUUAGUGAUAUUAGUAAGAGUCUGCACCAGCAGCAGCAAGCGAAAUCGGUGCGGGGGCCUUGGGCUGACAAACCUUUAGAAGAGUGUGAAAAAUGUCUUCGUAGCAGCAGCUACUGUUAUAGGUGGUGAUUGUGAUUCAUUGCAGUACGUAACUUUCUCUUCCCAUUUUGAUCGAUCCAACUAAAAACAAACGGAAUAACAAUGGAUCGCAAAGUGGAAGAGAUCAAGUACAAGGUGCUGGAUCUGAUCAACAAGAAGAAGGACGUGAAAAUCCCCAAGAUGGGCUUUACGGAUUACUACGUGCAACAUAAUAGCGUUCAGCCCCAGCAGAAGCAUUCGUCCGUGCCGGGGUCCAGCUCGUCCGGACGAAACUCAGCUGCGUCCUCGUCCAAGUAUGACUACUGUUCGUUCUACGACGAGGAGGAUGGUGAGGGAAAAGAGACGGUCGAUGGACAGAACAAGGACUCGAACAGACUGUCCGAUCAGGAAAUUCUCGAAUCCACCGAAGCGAUCUACUUCGAUGCCGGUAGCAAAACUGGCCUUCACGAGCUAACAAAACUAUCAGAAACAGAUGGACUGCUGAAUUGUCAGUGUAUUGAGAAGGCGAUGGGUACUUUGAAGCAACAGCAUAAGGUGAUCUCGAAGAAAGUGCUUCAGUUGAUACUGGAGCAGCGUCCGGCUUGUAAUGAGGAAUUUCAGCGGAUUCAGGAGACGGAAAGUUUGUUGAGGGAAACGAUUGCCAAGUGCCGCAGUACCAAGGACCAUCUGGACGGGUCGAAGAAGCUUCUAACGACGACAAAUUUGGAAAUUUUGGCUGCCUACAAAAAGCGCCAAACGCUGCUAAAUCUGCUGAAAACGCUGAACGCCUUAAAGAGCAUGAGGUCCAUCGACCAGCGCCUACAGAAGCGUCUAUCGGAGUCGGAUUACAGUGGAGCGAUUGCAAUUUUGUUGGAGAACAAGAACCUCUCCGAACGAUUCCAGCAGUACAAUUGUAUCGAGUCUUUGUCGACGAAGCUGCAGGAUACGUUGAUGAUGAGCGAGAUUCAACUGGAAGCAGUACUAAACGAAGUUCCAACGGGGUUUGAUGCUAAGAAGUAUAGCAAACUGCAGGAAGCGUACAAGUUAUUGGAGAAGCAGCUAAUAGCAAUGGAUCAGUUGCAUAUGAACUUCAUUUCCUCAAUCCACACGGCGGCUUUCACGGUGCUGAAACAGCAUAUGGAAGCAAGCUUGGAAGACAACAAGCAGAAGCUGACCUUCGAACAAAUGUGUGAGAAUGUCCCAUGCGAAAAGUACAUCCACUGUUUGACGGAUCUAUGUAGGGGCUUCUGGAAAAUUUUGGUUUCGUACUACCAGGUUCGAUGCUGGCAUCAGAAUCAGAAACUUUACGAAAAAGGAAGGGAGGCACAGCGCAAGGAAUCGGUUCAGCAGUCCAACGAAAGCUUCCACGAGGAAUACAUUCAGCAAAAGCUGGAAAUGGGUCAGUUUCGGCUGUGGAACGACAUCCAGUCGAAGAUUUGUAUUUUCAUCAACAGCACCAAGCUGAGUUCCUUGAAGUACGAGUACUUCAUUCAAAUCUUGGCCAUCGUCCAGCGGCUGAAGAAGGUCGGAAUCGAAUUCUGCGAGGAUCCCUCCGAGAAACUGAUGGAACACAUGCAACGUCAUAGCGUGGAGUUUUUCCGCCGGUAUCACAUCGCUUGUCUGGAGGAGAUUGGUCUAUUUUUCGACCACGAAGUAUGGGUCCCGAUUGGGAGCUUCACCGACGUCAGCCAGCUGCAAGAGUAUAAGAACUUCAAACAUGCGCUGAUCAAAAAUCAAAACGGAACCAUCCGCAGUGGUGGACGAUCCUCGAGCCAGGAGAACAAAUCACUCGACCCACUAGGAAUAGGCAGCUCCAAUCGCCCUGUUAACAGCACUUCAUCUGUCCACUCGCAGGAUGAGAGCUCUCUGUACGGCUCAUGUGGCUAUUUCCUGCGAUUCACUGAGAAAAGCUCCCCCUUCGAUGGGGGUUUCGAUUGCACCAUGCUUGAGGAAGACAUCCUAGCUGGAAUCGCUGACGAGUCAUCCUACUACUACUCGGAAGAUAGCAGCGACAACAACGAGAACUACUACGAUCAAAGCCCGGAAGCGAAGCAGAAACCGCUUCCAAUCGCCACCACCUUUGCUCCUCAAAACUCCUCAUCCAAUCUCCUCACAGUGUCCAAUACAUCCCUGACCGUACUGCGGUGCAUCGGACGCUAUCUGUACUUCUGCAAGCUGCUACAGUCGAUCGCUCCGCACAUCGUCAUGUCCAUGACGGAGCUGCUGGACUUCUAUCUAUUCUCGGUGCACGAAAUUUUCUCCCGGGACCUUCCCGUGCCGCGAGACAAUCUCUACUCUCCGGCACUGAAACGAAUCCUUUCGCGAAUCCAAACCACCAUCGUUCCAAAACUGCGCAAAUGGCCCCUCUCGGACGAGAUGAUCAAGGAAGACCUCGCCAAUCCGGAACUGAUGUACGGGCUGCAGAAGCGAAUCGUCGCGGCGGAGAGCUGUCUCAGCUUGAUCGGGCAAUUCCGCCUGAUGGAAGAGUACUUAGGUGGACUGCUGCUGCAGUCCGAUCCGUCCGGGCAGGAUCAACUCCGGAGGUAUCUGGCGGAGGCCGUCGAGUGCAUUCCGGACGUGCGAAAGCCCAUCUAUAUGUGCGUGACGGCGCGGGUUGUCGACAUCCAAAAUGUGCUGCACGCCAUGGGGAAGGUCAAGUGGGACAUCAACCACGUCAACGUGCAGCACAGUUCGUACGUAGAUACGAUGAAUCGGGGAGUGCAACACUUUGCCAUGCGACUGGAGGAAGCUUCCGGGCAGCAGGCCAACAUUCCAAAGGAUGCCCUCUGGGACUGUUUCGUACAUGUGCUAACGCAUCUGCUGGUCGAAGGCUUCUCGAACGCGAAGAAAUGCUCCCCCGGCGGUCGAGCCCUGAUGCAGCUGGACUUUAUUCACUUCAUCUCGAUCCUGGAGAUCAUCUCCGCCGACAAGUACCCGGAGCAUCGGGCCUACGUCGAGCAGUACAUCAAGGCGUACUACCUACCGAAGGACCUGCUGGAGGAGUGGCUCACCGAGGCCUUCGGCCGGGGCUAUUCGGUGAAACACCUGACCGGGCUGGUCCAGUGUGCUUGUAGCAGUGAUAAGAAAAUACGCCAGAAGCUGCUUGCCCUGGUGGAAAGCACUGGCAGUAUUAGUAACAAUAACAGUGGUGAUAAUGCUUCUAGCAGUAGUCAACGCGAGCAGGAUCUGAACAAAGAAUCUUAAAGUAUUGCUUAAGUUUAAUCUUUUCUCUCUCUCCUUUUUCUCACGUACUGACACGGUGGUUUUCCAUUUCUGUUCAAUCUUUUUAGAUAAAUUAAUUUAGAAACUUAGAUGGGUUCCAAGCAACAGCAUGAAAAAAAAGACAUUAUCAUAUUUAGAGCAAUCUCUGUUGUUUUAUUAAUAAUUUUAUUUGACAUAAUAUAUUCCCGAAGUUUAUUUUAUUCGACAGAACAAAGCUAUGUACAUUAAAUAGUAAA